AUGGCUACGAAGCGAAAGGGUUCGUUCUCAGCGAGCGCGGACGAGCAGCAAAUAGAUCCAUCUGAUGAGCUUCUGUUCCACUGUCUGGGGGGCGGCAAUGAGGUCGGACGGUCCUGUCAUAUUAUACAGUACAAGGGGAAGACAGUCAUGCUUGAUGCUGGAAUGCACCCAGCAAAAGAUGGAUUUGCGGCACUCCCUUUCUUCGAUGACUUCGACCUCAGUACCGUCGACAUCCUCCUAAUAAGCCAUUUUCAUCUGGACCACUCGGGAUCGCUACCCUAUGUCCUUAGCAAAACGAACUUCAAGGGUAGGGUCUUCAUGACCCAUGCCACAAAGGCUAUCUACAAGUGGUUGAUCCAGGACAAUGUCCGAGUCAGCAAUACAUCCUCUUCCUCUGAUCAACGGACAAGUCUCUACAACGAACAUGAUCAUCUUUCAACCCUCCCCAUUAUCGAAACGAUUGAUUUUAACACAACCCACACCAUUAACAGUAUCCGAAUUACUCCAUUCCCGGCUGGUCAUGUGCUCGGCGCUGCCAUGUUUCUCAUAUCCAUCGCCGGACUAAAUAUUUUGUUUACUGGCGACUACUCUAGAGAAGAAGACCGUCAUUUAAUUUCUGCUGAAGUCCCCAAAAGCGUGAAAAUAGAUGUCAUGAUCACAGAGUCUACUUUUGGUAUAUCAUCCAAUCCGCCUCGACUGGAACGAGAAGCCGCCCUUAUGAAAUCAGUGACCAGUGUUAUAAACCGAGGAGGGAGGGUUCUCAUGCCUGUCUUUGCACUCGGACGAGCACAGGAACUGCUCUUGAUUCUGGAUGAAUACUGGAGCCGGCACCCGGAACUACAGAAAGUUCCCAUUUACUAUAUUGGAAACAUGGCUCGUCGAUGUAUGGUUGUGUACCAAACAUACAUCGGAGCUAUGAAUGAGAACAUAAAGCGUCUGUUCCGCCAACGCAUGGCCGAGGCUGAGGCCAGAGGAGACAAGAGUGUCACCGCCGGCCCUUGGGACUUCCGUUUUGUUCGAAGUCUAAGGAACCUGGACCGCUUUGAAGACGUUGGAGGAUGUGUAAUGCUUGCAUCUCCUGGUAUGCUCCAGACUGGAACUAGCAGAGAGCUUCUAGAGCGAUGGGCGCCGAACGAACGUAAUGGCGUCAUCAUGACCGGUUACAGUGUUGAGGGUACCAUGGGGAAACAGAUAAUCAAUGAGCCCGAGCAAAUACCAGCAGUUAUGAGCGCUAAGAACGCUGCAGGCCCUAGCGACGAUCAGAAGAUCAUGAUUCAGCGAAGAUGUACGGUCGAUGAGAUCAGUUUUGCGGCUCACGUUGACGGCGUCGAGAAUAGGGAAUUCAUCGAAUCUGUUGCAGCCCCCGUUGUAAUCCUUGUCCAUGGGGAGAAACACCAAAUGAUGAGGCUGAAAUCAAAGCUGUUGAGCUUGAAUGUGGACAAAGAAGUGAAAGUCAAAGUCUAUACUCCUGCUAACUGUGAUGAGGUUCGCAUACCAUUCAUGGUUGACAAAGUUGCUAGAGUCGUCGGUCGGCUUGCCGAGACUUCGCCGCCGGUGGGACAGGAUGAUUCUCGGCUAAUGGACGGCGUUUUAGUCCAGAAUGGCUUCAAAUUAUCGAUGAUGGCCUCUGACGACCUUAGAGAGUAUGCUGGACUCACCACCACCACGGUCACCUGCAAACAGUAUAUUACCCUCAGCACAGCAAGUAUUGAUCUUAUACGUUGGGCGCUCGAGAGCACCUUCGGUCUGAUCGAAGAGAUUGACCCACCUUCAAGUGAGUCUGUGAAGGGUUCCAAUGGUGAUUCAAGCGAACCGAACAACUCGGUCGCAAAAAAGGAAGAAGAAGCAGACGAGGAGAUACCCUCCCGAGUACUAACCACAUACCUGAUAAUGGGCUGCGUCUUCGUGAAGUACGACCCACAACGGCGCGAGGUUGAGGUGGAGUGGGAAGGUAACAUGAUGAAUGAUGGAGUUGCCGAUGCUGUGAUGGCAGUGUUGCUCACAGUUGAAAGUAGCCCGGCAGCAGUUAAACGCUCAAGCAAAAAUAAACAUUGCCAUAGCCAUGCGCCGCUCCCGGACAACCCUCAUUCUCAGCUGACUCCCAACGAGCGUUUUGUGCGUCUCUGUAUGAUUCUUGAAGCACAGUUCGGGUCGGAGAUAGCUCCAAUCGAGCGCCCCAAACUGAGGCGCCGUGGAAGCCAGAAAGAUAGAUCUCCUUCUACCGUCGAGGAUCCAAGCAAGGCCGACACACCUGAAAGCGAUGAACCCGAAGACGAAGAGGAACUCCAAGAAAUGGAAGAACUAGAGCUGGCGCGUUUACAUUCUCUCGGCAUACCUGUGCCGGGGGUUGAAAUCAAGGUUGACAACCACACUGCUCGCGUCUGGCUUGAAACACUCGAAGUCGAGUGCUCCUAUCCGGUGUUAAGGGACCGUGUUAGGGUUGUGGUUGAGAGGGCGGUUGAAACCGUUGCCGACAUGUGGAAUACUAAAGCCGGUAGCUCAAUGCCAGCCAAAGUCAUUCCUAACGGGUCGAAUACGAUCAAGGUUGAACAGGUUGUUUAG